AAUAAUCCUGUUUAGGACACACGUGGUUAAAGGUAGACCUAGCUAAGCUGCUAAAGGCUUUAAAGAGCUGUAAGGAUUUCUUUCCUCUUGUCCUUUUUCGGAGUGUUUGGGAGGCGCUGAGGAGCUUCAGUCCUUCUGUUUGCACACAUGGAGGGGAAACAAAUUCACACACACACAGAGCUGCUUUUCUCCUUCUUAUACUACAAUUACCUGUUUAAUUGGAUAUUAAGCAGAUGAAGCGGUGCAAAUUUCGGUUGCUUGGCAACGCCUUGAUUAUUUUGUUUUUACAUCGAUGAUUACUAAACGCGACGUUAUUCGCUCAUCAUGACGAGAAACUCCGUUCAACAUACUAUUAUUUCUCGUUUACCGAGCUGGGUUCUAGUUUUACCGAGUUAUUGAGUUAAUAUCGAGUUGUCUCGUGUGCACGGUGAACAUGAAAGCAGAGGAGGUGUUGGAGAUGGAGCUGCGACUGCAGCAGGAGGGUCUGUGUUUGGAGAUCCCCUCUGACUCGGAGCGAUUGGACCGUCUGUGGGGUCUCUAUGUCGAGAAGGAGAACAGUGUGAGGAUGCUCACUCAGGAACUCCAGGAACUGCGAGAUAAACACGCUGCUGAAAUCGAAACGGUUCAGGUUUACAUCCAGAAUAUCCGGAGUCUCUCCAAGACACGGGACUCUGUAGCACUGGAGCUGGAACAGGAAAAUGAAGUGCUAUGCUCCAACAUGAUGGAGCUCAAUCUGCAGCAAGAGACGGAGAAGAGCGAGAUAGCGGAGAUGUUGGUGCAGGAAGGACUGGAUGAGGUCAUGACCAGCAGCUUGAGCGAGCUGGUGGCUUAUCUUCUCGCAGACCGAGGUGCUCUCAUGGAGAAGAUUCAAGCCCUGGAAGAAGAGAACUCGAAGAACCUAGAUGUACAGUGCACUCAGAAACGAAGAACUCAUGAGAAUGAGGGAAAGGUGGCACCACUGCAAGGUCAGAGCCCUUGGAAGAGGUUGCUUGGAUUCAGGAAGUCUGCACAGGACAAGCAGGAUAAUCACCAAACCAGUGAGGACAAAAGGUGUGAAGAUCGACAGCUGAGUUUGCUUGAGAGAGACCUGGACGAGGCUGCCACCAGACUGAACCUGGCUCACAAGGAGAUCCGGCGCCUCACUGAUGAGCUCGAGUCAGCUCACCUGACCAAGAUUGCCUACGAUGCAGAGCUUCAUGGUGCACAGGUGGAUGCUGAGCAGCUUCGGCAUGAGGUGGAGAAGCUGAAACACUGUGAUUUGGCUGAGGUUCAGGCGAUGAAGGAGAAGAACGAGGUCCUGGAUGCAGAGCUCCGUCAUCUGAGGAACAAUGUUCACACCAUGCGUGAGCAAGUCCUACAGCUGAUUGAUAGAAACAUCAAGGCGCUGGACAGUGAAGAUGAGGACUUUAUCUACGCUUUGACCCAGGAGCUGACGCUGCCUGGUCACACUCACUCUCUGCCCAAAGGCAAGAACAAGAAACGAAAGGAUGGAAAUAAAAGAUGCCCAGAGAAGCUAGAGGAAGGGCUCAGCAGCCUUCAGGAGCUAAACCAUGUCGUCAUGAAGCUCCAGGUCGAGCUCGAGCAGGAGAAAGCAUUGAGAAAGAAGGUCGAGGAGGAGUGCGAUGAUGAGAAGAGGAAGAGGAAGAAGGCAGAACAGCUGACUCUAGAGCUCCAGGAGAAAGUCCAUGAUGCCAAAGUGCAGCAGCUUCAGGAAAAUGUGUGUGUUUCUCAUAGCAAAGCUGAGACCUUUUCUUCUCCACAGAACACCCAGGACUUCCUCAAGACCAUGCUCCAGGAGCAAGAGAACCUGAAGCUCAGACAGGACUUUGAGAAACUGGGGGAGUUUUGUGAGAAACUCCAGACUGAGAUCCAGCAGGUCCACUGUAACCUUCAUUCCUACAUCAGAAAAUAUGAUGAGCUGAAGGUGCGCCACAGAGAAAAACUUGCAGAAGCUAAACAGGUGUAUCUGCAGGAGAUGACCCGGCGUGAUCAGAAGAUCAAGGCUCAGGAGAGAGAGCUGGACAUCCUCACCAAGAGAUUUAAGAAGGAGAGCGACAUGGUGAAAAUGGUGAGCUCUGAGAACAACGCUCUGCUUCUGACCAAGACAACGCUGCUGUGUCAGCUGACCGAAGCAGAAGAACAGAGAAAAAACGCCACAGCUAAAAUCUGUGCUCUGCAGCGAAGGGUUGAUUUCCUGGAGCAGGACAGCAUGCAGCAGUGGGAGAAGAACAUGGAGAAGUCCACGCAGAUCUCCAAGCUCCAGAGACGGCUGUGGGACUUGGAAUCACUAAUAAGCACUCGGUACCUGAAGAAACAUCACAGGAGUGAUGUCAAGUGCACAGAGGACACGAGCUUCAGUGAAAGGAGGUUCGAAACGUCCAUCAUCCAGAAGACUAAAGACGGAUGUGUGGAGAAACCGGGAGACUCUGCGAGUCCGAGCGGUGCUUCAGAUAUACAGGGCUACAUGAACAUCUUCACACACAACCUGCGGUGAUGUUUUAUGAAACCGAGGAACCAUGAAGUGAACAAACGGACACGCCACCAGGACGUGGUGAUCUGAGGAGGAGGAACUGACCAGGUUCAGAUGAGCGAGAUGCGGAUGGGGAUGCUGGGAGAUUCGUUCCGGGGCGGCGAGUGCUGUG